UCCCUCCCCUUCAGCACCCUCCCAAAUUACAGCAGUGGAAGGAAGCUGGGACUCUAAGCCUUGCAGUACGUUACUAUUUUCCCCAGCUAAGACGAUCGGAAAGAUUCCUCCUGCAGGCUUGUAUAAUGGAGGCAAGCAGUCAAUCCAGCAGUCAACAGAUUCUGUGGAAAGAUGUUGAGGUGGGAAAAGAGAAGAAGGCCAAGUACCACACCUACCAGCGAGUGGCUCUGGUUCUGGCUCUGGUCUUUCUCGUUUUGGCUCUCUGUGUUUUCAGCCUGAGAUAUCUGUGGAGCCCCAGUCUGGGGAAGGUGUACGACCACCAGUACAAAGCUAUGUUGGAUGGAGUAGAGAGAGACGGUGUGAUGGAGAUUGACCCAGGGCAGCGCAUGGAGAUCUUCAGAAUGGGGAACGGCAGCGAGGAGGUACUUGAGGUGCACGACUUCAAAAAUGGAAUCACUGGGAUCCGGUUUGCCAAACAUCAGAGGUGCUACAUCAGGACCCAAACUAAGAAACUACCCACAGUGGCAGAGGUGGAGGCUGAGGACACAGAGUUACUGGUGGAGACCGAGGCCAUGGAUAUGGAUAUGAAGGUGGAAGAGUCCCAAGUAUGGGUUCCUGCCGAGGAGCCCAUCGUUAACCCAGCCUUUCUCUUCAACUCUAAGAUCUGGGAGAUUUGCCAGGAGCUGCCCAUCCACUGGAUCCAUCCCUCUCCUCUGAGCGAUGCUGAGGUUGGAAAUGUGGAUGCACCCGAUGCAGAGGUUACAGGUCAGCGUUUCACCCGCGACGUCCUGGACCACCCUGCCGUAAACGACUACAGAGACAUUGGAAUCGAGCUGGAUAACCGUCUGGAUGACAACGGCUACUGCUGCCAGUACUGUCGCCGUGGUUACCGCUACUGCCGCCGCUACCACGAGCCCUUGGGUGGCUUCAACCCGUGGCCAUACUACUACCAAGGAGGCCGGGUCAUCUGUCAGGUUGUUAUGCCGUGCAACUGGUGGAUCGCCCGCAUGCUGGGGAGGAUCUGAGGAGGGCGUGUGUUGUCUGGGAUUUAAACUGUGUCAUUGUAGGUUCAAAUUCUCCUGUUGAUAAAUAUUCCAGACCACUCUGAGACCAAAGCAGUGCAUUGCACACAAUUAUUAUCCAAUCUGAAAGUUGGCCCACAGUCUAAAUGGCAUUUGAAGUGUUUUGAUUCUUUCUUAAAAGGCAUUGCUCGUUUACAGCUGUCUAAUUUCCUUUGCUUAUCUACCCAUUUAGUAUUCUUGCUAUUUGAUUCUGUUGAAUGGGUGCAAUUUAGUUUGGAAGAUGUUACCAGAAACCAAUCUGCUCUAGCACUCUGUCCUGACUUUGUCAUGCAUUCAUUUUUUUUUUUUACUUCAUAGGUUAAAAGACUUGUUCUACUAAUACUGUAUGUAUGGAAACGUACAUACAGUACACAAAUAUAUGCAACAGUCUGGGUGGUGCUAUCACAUUAGCCAUUUACCUAAAUAUAUAUGUUUUGUCUCAGUUGUUUGUGAUCUGUUUAAUUUUAUUGCUUAAGCAAAUGAAAAACCCUCUCUAUAUCCACGUACAAUUUGAAUACUAUAUGCAAUAUAUUCAACUUAAAACAAAAUAAGGGAAAGAAACAAAUAAGCAAAUUAAAAUAAGAUAAAACAUAAUUAGAGGAAGUUUCCUUCUGGCUUUAUGUAUCAGAACAAUUUCUUUUAUCUGUUUUUAAUAUCAUGUUAAACUAAGGAGGUACAUUAUAACGGACCUCAGCUGUCUUUUGUGAUGCAGUUGCUGUUGUCUUAUGCUUCAUUGUUUUCCCUCUUGUUGCAAUCCACAACAUUCUUUAAAUAGUGCUACUGUUCAAACUGUUUCUUCUUUGCUUAGGCAAUCUUAAUCUGUAACACCACAUCUCAAUCUGUCGAGCUGAAAUAACACUCAUCUGAAAGUAACAGAUAAGCAAGUGAGAUAGGCAUUUGCAAUUGAUGUUCUGUCAUCAGAAUAACAAGGUGCAUAAAUGCCCAGGAGUAUUCAAGCGAUGUGAGAUAUUCAAAAGUUAAACAGAGAGACAAAAAUGGAGCACUUGUCAUAGUUUGCUUUGAAGGCUUCUGUAUGUUUCUGUGUCUUUAUGAAUUUCUUUCCAAUUAAAAUUUCAUUUUAUGAA